AUGUCUGAUUAUAGCAACUUUUCAAAGAAAGGUUGUCCUGUUGCACUAGUCACGAGAGAUUACAGAUUAGAACCAUAUCAAAAACAUCUUAUUAUUAAUAAAAUUCAAACUCAAACUCAAAUUUCUUCAAAUGGGAUUGCAUCAUCAUCUAAAACAGCCAAUAGCAAUAGUGGAAACAAUAUAUUAACUACUAUACAAACAUCUAUUAUCGAUUUUGAUCAAGUUAAUACAAGUUUAAUAGGUCAUUGUGAUACGAAUCAUUUAAAACAAUGCUCCAAAGAUUAUUUUACACCACGCCAAAUUUAUCUUUGGGUAAAAUUAUUAGAAUUAAUUGUUCAUUUAUCUAAGGAUUUAAAUGAAAUGUUAAAUAAUGAUUAUAUUUCUAUGGAGUGGAUUAUUCACCGGGAAAAAAUAAGAAAGGGUUUAAUAACAAAAAUUACAGAUAAUGAAAAAAUUUUAAUCCAAUCCUACAUUUCAGAAAUUCAUAGUGCUUCUUUUAAAGAAAUUAGCUUUUCUUGGGAAUUAAUUCAAGCUAUUAGUGCAAUUAUAUUUAGACAUCCUAAACAAGUUCACCUUCUUUGGGAUGAAAUCAAGAAGAAAAUUGUGAUGGAUUUGGAUCCAGAGAAAAAAAAUAAUAAUAUAAAAAUGAUGGUUAAUAAACCUAUUUUUAAUUCAAUGAUGUCAAUGAAGAAUAAGUUAAAGGGUUUAAAUUCAUCCAAAGAAGUUGAUAAAAGAUUUGAAGAAUUAUGGAAUCCAUACCUUCAAUCACCAAGAUCGAAAUGUCCUUAUGAUAUUAUGAAUAUUAUGGAUGAUGACAAAAUUCCUCAAUUAGAGUUUAUAAAAGACAAUAUAAUUCAUCCAAACGUGAAAGGACCAAACCUUUUAGAGAAUUUCGCAUGUGCUUGCGCGGAUAAUUGCCAGAAAACUGCUGUGUGUCAGUGUAUGUUGAUCGAUGAGGAAACUCAUGGUGAAGGAUUUCCAUUUAAGAAAGAUAGAUUAUCAAGAUCAGACAUAGGAGCGAUCUAUGAAUGUAAUUCUCGAUGUAAUUGCGACAUGAGUUGCCCGAAUCGGAUCUUUAAAACUAAAGAAAAGGGGUGGGGUGUUAGAACGUUCCAUUUCAUUAAAGAAGGUGAAUUCGUAAUGGAGCAUGUUGGAGAAGUGAUUGAUGCUAAGAUCGCAUCGCUAAGAGCCGUUUGUUAUGAUAAAUUGGAUACUAUGAGUUAUUUUGAUUUAGAUUAUGAUUUUGAUAAAAAAGAAAGGAGACAAGUACUUUCACUAGAUUCUAAUUAUUGGUGUGGAAUAAGCCGAUUCCUUAAUCAUUCCUGUAAUGCUAAUUUGAUAACUAUUCCCAAUAAAGACAAGAGGUGGCAAAGAAUAGCCUUUUUUGCACAAAGAGAUAUCAAAGCAUCUUCUGAAUUAACGUUAGAUUAUAAAAUUGAAACCGAGGAUUUUGUUUGUUAUUGUGGAUCACAAUAUUGUCGGUGA